AUAUGAGAACACUUGAAAGCACCUUCAAAUAGCUGACAUGGGUCUACUCACUCUGUGGAUCAGCUACCACCUGAUACAUCAUGCUAGUUCCUCUAGCUCUGAAUCAUCAGAGUCUACUCCCAGUAAUGAGUCCAACUCAGAUUCAGACUCUAAUUAUUCAGGAUCUUCUCUGUCAGACAAUAGUUCCUUAAGCACUGGUUCAAGCUCAUUGAGCUCAAGUAGCAGUGAUGCAAGUGAUGAGUCAGAUGCAUCAGAUAGCUCUGAGCUAUCCAAUCAUAGAUGUCAACACCAUCAUUGUCAUACUAGAAGGCAUGGUUCCCAUUGGCAUAAGCAUAGAAGUUGAAAACAUCAUCACAAAAGAUUGAUUCAACCAAUACCUCCUACACCAUAUGAUGGUACAGCUGAUGGUGAAAAAUUCCAUUGCUUCACAAUGGAAUUGACUCAAUUCUGCAAAGAAGGUCAGGUUCCAAAGGAUGAACAGGUAUUUCUGGCAUCACAUUACCUGAAGGAAAAGGCAUUAUCUUUCUUCAUUCAGAAGGUUUUGAAAAACCAUGCAGAAUGGAUAUUGAUAGACUUCUUGUGAGAAAUCUUUAAUUCAUGCUUCCCUUUAAAUUACUGAAGUCAGUAACAGGAUAAAAUAAAGAAGUGCUAUCAGAAUGAUUGCACUAUUUCAGAAUACAUUUAUGAGCUGAAAACCUUGUAUGGCCUUGUUGGUAUGACUAGCAAGCAUGAGCAUAUUAUCAAGCUUUGGGAUAGAUUCUAUAAGGAGAUGCAGCAUGAACUCCAUCAAGCAAAGCUCAAUAAGGAGGUUUAUAGCUGGCAUCAUAUU